AUGUCAGACUUUAUUUCUCCUCCGCAAGACGCAGUAAUUGCAAGUUCUUCAUCUCAACCGCGCCAUGGAGAAAAUCGCAUUGAUACCGUUUUGCAAGCUAUAAAAGGUUGGCCAACGGCGAAUGGAGAUGGAAAAGAGAAUUGUCCUAUUUGUUUUGAUACCAACAUCUUCCGAGAACCUAGUCACAUCACAGGAACAAAUAUGCAAGAUAUGAAUUCCAUCCAGACAGUUUUAUCGCGUUCGACAUCCUCAGGUAGUAGGAGAAGUAUGAAUGAAUUUGAACUACAAAGAUGGCAAACCAGAAUGGGAGGGGUGGGUAAUGUCGAUCCGAGAAAUCUUCCAGGGCCUAGAUCACAUCAGGGAGCUAUUCGAGUUCGUCUUCCCCCUGUUGUUGCUACUACUACGCAUGGUCAUCCCGCUACUCCUACUUCUGUGGAACUUACACCCGUCUAUACCCGUCGCACAUAUGAAAAUGCCAAUAUCUCCAGCUAUGAAAUGAGAAAUCAAGCAAACAGCCAUCCCCAACCUACAGACCGAUCUCGCGAAGCCAUUAAUCCUCGAUGGCGCAACUGGGACUUCCUAACCCAUAAUCGGCGUACCACAGACCCAAUCACGAUGGGAACGCGAAACACAUACUCAGUAGCAGACGUAGUAAGCGUAGCUAUGAACAUAGGAACCGUAGCCAGAAUACCCCGAAACGAAAGAACAACCCCAACAACAGGAGAAAAUAACACUAACAUCCCCGUCAACGUUAACGUUAGAAGAGAAUCAAGUAAUAACUACUCAAUCGUUAAUGCAAUGGGUCAGGCACUGGGAGUGGGCACUGUAGUUGCAAUGCCCAGAGCCGAAUGGAGAAAUCCGAAUUCGAAUCAGAGAAGACGAAUAGAUCAUAAUGAGUUGAGUGAUUCUAUGAGCAAUAUCAAUAUCAACCUCGAUAUUGAUAAUCGAGAACCCCCCGAGGUUAUCAGGGAAACUAGACGCAGGGAAAAUAAUUCGAGCGCUGCGAAUAGUGGUAAUUUGUCCGAAAUGCCGGGAUUGGCUAGUAGUAUGUGGGCUCGUACUUGGGGUUGA